CUUAGUUUGUCAGGAAUGUGCCCGAGUGUUUGGGCCAAACUUUUCCCAACACUUUACAGCAAAACAAGCAGACCACCAAACUGAGCUACCCGACAGUAGGACAAUCGUGACUCUCGUGGAUUUUUCUAUCUCACCUGUCUCACCUCAACCGGACAGCUGUGAUGAAUAACAGCAAAGGGGAAUUACAGCCUUUUGAAUAUUCCUACUACGACUAUUCUGACUGGUACUCCAACAAUGCAGAGCCAACCAAACCGCCCAAAGAAGUUAUCUUACCAUGUGACCCCACCGUGGAUGACAAGCUCUUCAACAUAUGCAUGCUGUCGGUAUCUCUGGUGGUCAUGUUGAUCCUGGCGGUGCUUUCCAGGAGAAACAAACUCUGUCAAGGCUUCACCAGAGGAUCGUCCAGCAUCUUCAGUCCAGCCAACUUCCUGGACCAGACUCAGCAGAAAGGCGUGGCCAUGGCUGUGUUUGGACUCGUGUUCAGUAAGCUGUCCAUGCUGGUCAUCGCUCCGGACCCUCUGCCGUUCUCCAAAGACACUUCAGCAGACAGUAAAGAGUACAUGAAGAUAAUGGCCAUCUUCUACUACCCUCUCCUGUAUUAUCCUCUGCUGGUCUGUGGGACUCUGCAGCACAAAGUGGGCUACGUGCUCGGGGCCCUGCUCUCCUUCAGUCACUUCGGGGUCCUGGUGUGGCAGAAGUUCGACUGUCCCAAGACUCCAGAGAUCUAUAAGUUCUACGCUCUGCUGGCCAGUUUACCUCAGAUGGGCUGCCUCUUAUAUCUCUGUGUCCAGUUUGUGAUUCUGUUUGUCAAAGGACCGAAAACUGACGAGGAUCUUGACAGCAGCUACUACACCGCAUAUGUGAAAUUAACUCUCAAGAAAAAGUCCUCAAGUGUCAGUUCUUCAGCUGCAGACAAGAAAACGCUGUUUCAGAGAAUACUGGAUGUGCCCAAGAGUUAUAUUUAUGUACCAGAAAAAGUGUUUCGUUUUCCACUGAAGCUGGCUGUGUCAGCGUUCAUUUCCUUUGUGGCAAUUUAUCAAACGGCGUUACUGUUGGUCGUCCUGGUGGUCCCCGUUCUCCACAUCGUGCGCGCGGGUAUCGAUGAAAACAUCGCCUUCCUUCUGCUCGGGUUUGGGAUCAUCCUUUCAGACGACAGGAUGGAGGUCGUCAAAAUUGUGACCUUUUAUACUUGGCUUCUGGAAGUGUGCUACCUGUGUGCUGUGACGCUGUCUCUCCUGGUCAGUCUCGUCAUGCUCAUGAAGUCCAUGAUAAUGCACAGGACAAACCUGAGAGGACUGUAUAAGGGAGAGAUUUACAGCAUUUAUAACAGUAAGAAGACCAUCCGUCCAUCUAGACCCGGUAUUGUCUGCUGGAUGGGUUUGACAGGAUACCAGGCUGCCAUCGUCUGUGUCGGAAUGGCGAUCCAGACUGUUGUGUUUUUCAUCUGCUUCCUGUUCCUGGUGUUCAUGAUGAUUGUUCCUGUUUUCUACGGACGCAAUUUGUUUGUUUUUGAUAUCCUGGGAAGAGCAUGGCCGGCCUGGGUCACUCUGCUGCUCGUCUCCGCUCUUCAACAUGUGGCGGCUAAGUUUGCGUUCAUCAAAAGAGAUGCUGGAACCAGAGACUUAAACAACAGGGAGAGUCUGUUCCUCCUGACGUACCUGCUCUUCCUCAUCAACGUUGUGAUGGGUCUGAUCGUCGCCAUAUGGAGAGUGGUGAUCACGUCUUUGUACAACAUCAUUCAUCUGGGACGGCUUGACCUCAGUCUGCUGCACCGCACCUCAGAGGCCUACGACCCAGCCUACAGUUACUACACCAACGCCCUGAGGGUGGAGAUCAGCCAGUCCCAUCCGGUGAUGAAGGCUUUCUGUGGGCUGCUGCUGGACGUGAUGGUGGAGGGCGGAGGAGUCGGACAAAAAAUAAAAGACGCAGAGGAAGGUAUCCAGGAGAACGGGCCGAGCAAGGCGACCCACACUCGUAGGAUUCGCUCUCGUUGGCAGCUAAUGUACACGCUGGUCCACAACCCGUCCCUGCUGGGCUUCAGGAAGCACUUCCAGACAACUCAGACAGCAGAGAGCAUCCUGAACGGCACCCCCAACCACACCGCCAAGACUAGCAGCAGGAAAGAGGCCGACAAGCCAGCUGCAGAGCCCGAACAAUCCACUGAGACCCCAACCAACCAGGAGAAAACUGACUGAGAUGUCUAACAUGCAUAGAGUGUUGGCAGUAUGCAGCAAACAUCUAACACCAAUGUUUUUAAAGAUGAUUGCUUCUGUUUGCUUAAGAUUUAGUUGCAAUGGCACAUAAACUUAAUAUCAGCUAUUAUACUGUAUGUUACUAUGAUACAGGGCAGCGGCAUAGGCACGGGUAUGCCUGGCUCUGCCCAGGCCUGUACCCAAAAUAACCCAGACCUACCCAUCCAAGAAAUCGUCUAUCUUGCCAAAAAUGUAGGCUAUACAAAUAAUAACAAAAUAAAAUCCAGUGUAUAAGACAGUUGGCUGUGUGGGAUUCAUGCAAAAUACCAGAUGAGUUUUUACCUGACUUUAGUUUGCGAGUGUUUUUGAACCCGUCAAACGGGAUCUUGUUUGGUGUAUACUGCCACUCAGUCAAAUAGAGCUACAUUUUUUAACCCCUCUAACCCUCAAAGGUUUCUGUUGUGAAUAAAAGUAAAAAUAAAAACUUGUCAGGAUCACUCACCCAGAGAAGAACUAACAGGGAAUACCCAGAAGCUCAAACUGCAGUACUUCCUUUUUUUUUUUAAACUAAGCUCUCAUUGUGUUUGUGUAGCUCAUUGUACACUGUGUUGGUGAUUACAUAAUAACACACAGGAUGCACAAUGCAGGUGCUGAUCAAUGACAGCAUCACAACCAGGAGGAUAAGGUGUCACUAAGAGGUCACAAUCCAUUUAGCCUCAGGUUAAUGAGGCUGCACCCAUGGAUACCAGCUUAUCUAGUUUCACUGGUCAUCUGUUUUACUUAUUGUGCUUUUAAACAGCGUGUUGUCGAUUCAGACACCUGGACAAGGUCUUUCCCCAGUCUUGACAAAUUUAGAUUUAGUACCUGGAGUAUCUAGAACGUGUGUCAUGUAAAUGCCUUAACCCUCACCCUCUAAGCACCGUCAAUGUAAUAAUUUCUUAUUUAAAGCAAAAGCAUUAGAGCUCUCCAAACCUGGAGUUCACAUGAGAUCACCAGUAUGCUUCAUGAUAACCUACGGGUCAUAUUGUACUACUCACAAUGUCAUAAAGUUAUAUUAUUAGAAGAUUGUGUGGAACAGUAGUUUCUACUUCUACUACAAAUUCAUCUGUGUUGUUGUUCUUGGAUGAAUCAUAGGAUGAGAUAUUGGUGUUCAUCCUGUUUUUUCACUGUUUUUCCUCCAUACUAUU